AUGAGUGGGUUCGAAUUCGAAGGCAACCUCAAGCAGGGUUCUCCAGACGACGAGAAAAAGAUCAACAAAUGGCUUGAAGGAAUCAUAUUCAGAUAUUUCCAUGUGUGGUCUCCAGUCAAUUGUCAAGGAAUGGUGAAGAGCUAUGAGAUCUACGAGCUCUGUUUGCGGGCAAGAGAGUUCUUCUGGAGUAAACCAAUUUAUAGAGAGAUCGAAGUGCCUGUUACGAUUGUUGGCGAUAUUCACGGGCAAUUUGAAGACUUGAAGACAUUAUUCGAUAUGAAUGGGUGGCCAUUCAGCGAGGAUGAAGCCAAAGAGAUGUACAAAAUGCUGUACUUGAAAGGAAAACGAGCAGAUAAAGAAAAAAUGCCGAAAGUGCUCGGAGCAGGCCUUGAUCGCCAAUUGGGACCCAAGAAAUACUUGUUUCUCGGAGAUUAUGUGGAUCGUGGUCCAUUUAGCAUGGAAGUCGUCAUUCUACUCUUCGCCAUGCAGUUACGAUGGCCCGAAAGGAUAACAUUGUUGCGUGGGAAUCACGAAUCGCGGCCCGUAAAUCGACAAUAUGGGUUUUAUGGAGAAUGCGCGAGACGAUACAACGAAAGAAUCUAUGAGGUGUUCCAGUUGGCAUUCAAUUGCAUGCCGCUAACCGCUGUUGUCAGCAAGAGGAUAAUGUGCAUGCAUGGUGGGAUAUCGGAAGAUCUGUUCGAUCUCAAACAACUCGAUGCUAUCAAACGACCAAUGGAUAUUCCCGAUGUCGGAAUCAUUGCCGACUUGACUUGGGCGGAUCCUGAGCCUGAGAUCGAACUAUAUCAAGAGUCGCCACGUGGAGCGGCGAAAAUAUUUGGAGCGAAAGCUGUCGAAGAAUUUUGUAAGCACUUUGAGCUUGACCUUAUUGUUCGAGCUCAUCAAGUAGUACAAGAGGGUUACGAGUUUUUCGCCGAUCGCCGAUUGGUAACGAUUUUCUCGGCGCCUUAUUAUUGUGCUCAAACGAACAACGUGGGCGCAGUUUUGCACGUUAGUAAGGAAAUGGUUGGAGCAUUCUCGUUGGUCAAACCAGUAACCGACAUUCAAGACGGUCUUGCCACUGUUGUGCCAGCCGACGAUGAUUAA